AUGAAGAAGUGCCUGAACCUUCCAGAUUUUAGCAGUGAUGAGACGGACAUUUGUCAUGCUUUUCUGAAAAUGAUCACAACAACAGACUCGCCAACAUCUGCAACUACACACUGUGCGUUUCUCCACAACACAAUGCAGGAAUUCUUCUCGGCGUUGUGGCUUCUUGGACAUCCAGAUGAAGCUGAGAUAGUCCUACAGCUCUGUCAGACUGAGGAGCAUAAACACAUGAGAUAUGUUCUUCCUUUCUUAUGUGGACUUCUGAGUGAACACAACACCGGACUCCUCAAGUGUCUCUUCACAGAGGAUCAGAUACAGAAAACAUCUGACUGGUUGAUUGAGAAGCGUGUGGACACAUUUCUUCAGGCUCAGAGUGAAGAGUUUGAUCUUCUCUAUGUGUGUCAGUGCUUGUAUGAGCUCCAGUCUCCUAAAGCCUGCUUGAUGUUCCUGGAGAAGAUGAACCAUCAGAUUGAACCAGAAGUGGAUCUCGAUCCUCAUCAGUGUUGUGCUCUGUCUUAUGUGAUUGGUCAGUCCAGAGAUAAAGAGGUUUAUCUGAAUCUGGACGACUGUGACGUAGCUGAUGUGGGAAUGAUCAUGCUGCUCAGCUGCUCACCAAACAUCAGGGUAAAGACUUGUAAAGAACCGCUGAAGCAAAUCAUAUUUUUUGUAGAAUUCUUCCAUAAAUCAUUAAAUCAAUGUGACUGCAAACUGUUUGAGUUGAGAGGAAGAUACAACCCAGAAAAAUUAAAUGCUCUGCUGGAUCUGUGCUCACAUGUGAAGAACUAUGAGACUCAAACAGGCAGGAGUUUUCUUCCAGCAUUACAGUCAGUUUUCCAGUUACGUGAUGUCUGGAUCAUAGAUCUCUCAGAGAGAAAGUGCUCUGUCCUCCUGGAAGUGUUGAAGCUCCAGACAGAGAAGAAAAUAGUUGAGCUGAGUGGAUUGUCAGUGGAAGAGAGUGACGUGAAGAGUCUCCUUCAGUGUCUGCCACACAUCUCAGAGCUGAGAUUCUCUGAUAUGAGUAAAAGCGUUCUUCAUGAAUUUCUUCUCAGUCUCUUCAUUAAAGCAGCAGAGAUCGAGACCCAGACAGGAGAACAGAUGCUGGAACAGUUAGCAUCAGUCUGCACCAGCUCUUCCGAUAAUAGACAGACUUACAUAUUUGAUGAUUGGGAUUUCCUGCUGGAUCUGUACUCUCGUGUGAAGAACUUUGAGACUCAAAUAGGCAGGAGUUUUCUUCCAGCAUUACAGUCAGUUUUCCAGUUACGUGAUGUCUGGUUCAUAGAUCUCUCGGAGAGAAAGAGCUCAGUCCUCCUGGAAGUGUUGAAGCUCCAGACAGAGAAGAAAACAGUCGAGCUGAGAAGAUGUUCAGAUGAAGAGAGUGACGUGAAGAGUCUCCUUCAGUGUCUGCCACACAUCUCACAGCUGAGGUUCUGGUUCUUUAAUGAAGAAACAAGGAUGUCUGCAGUCAGAUUCCUGCUGAAGCUCUGUGUUGCUGCAGGAGAAACUGAUGAAGAAACAAGAUUCUUGACUCUGCUGUCAUCUGUGUGCAGCUACAAAACCUUCCCUUUUGAUGAUAAUUAUCAUGAUGCUUAUGUUCAGAGUGAUUUCCUGCUGGAUCUGUGCUCACAUGUGAAGAACUAUGAGACUCAAACAGGCAGGAGUUUUCUUCCAGCAUUACAGUCAGUUUUCCAGUUACGUGAUGUCUGGAUCAUAGAUCUCUCAGAGAGAAAGAGCUCAGUCCUCCUGGAAGUGUUGAAGCUCCAGACAGAGAAAAAACCAGUCGAGCUGAGUGGAUGUUCAGAUGAAGAGAUUGAUGUGAAGAGUCUCCUUCAGUGUCUGCCACACGUCUCAAAGCUGAGGUUCUGGGACAUUGAUGAUGAAGAAAGAAGGAUGUCUGCAGUCAGAUUCCUGCUGAAGCUCUGUGUUGCUGCAGGAGAAACUGAUGAAGAAACAAGAUUCUUGACUCUGCUCUCAUCUGUGUGCAGCUACAAAACCUUCCCUUUUGAUGAAGAGGAUUAUAAUUAUUAUGAUUAUGAUCAUGCUGAUGUUCAGAGUGAUUUCCUGCUGGAUCUGUGCUCACAUGUGAAGAACUAUGAGACUCAAACAGGCAGGAGUUUUCUCCCAGCAUUACAGUCAGUUUUCCAGUUACGUGAUGAUGUCUGGAGGAUAGAUCUCUCAGAGAGAAAGUGCUCUGUCCUCCUGGAAGUGCUGAAGCUCCAGACAGAGAAGAAAACAGUAAAGCUGAAAAGAUUGUCAGAGAAAGAGAGUGAUGUGAAGAGUUUCCUUCAGUGUCUGCCACACAUCUCAGAGCUGAGGUUCUGGGACAUUUAUGAUGAAGAAAGAAGGAUGUCUGCAGUCAGAUUCCUGCUGAAGCUCUGUGUUGCUGCAGGAGAAACUGAUGAAGAAUCAAGAUUCUUGACUCUGCUCUCAUCUGUGUGCAGCUACAAAACCUUCCCUUUUGAUGAAGAGGAUUAUAAUUAUUAUGAUUAUGAUCAUGCUGAUGUUCAGAGUGAUUUCCUGCUGGAUCUGUGCUCACAUGUGAAGAACUAUGAGACUCAAACAGGCAGGAGUUUUCUUCCAGCAUUACAGUCAGUUUUCCAGUUACGUGAUGAUGUCUGGAUCAUAGAUCUCUCAAAGAGAAAGAGCUCGGUCCUCCUGGAAGUGUUGAAGCUCCAGACAGAGAAGAAACCAGUCGAGCUGAGUGGAUGUCCAGAUGAAGAGAGUGAUGUGAAGAGCUUCCUUCAGUGUCUGCCACACAUCUCAAAGCUGAGGUUCUGGCUCCUUCAUAAUGAAGAAAGAAGGAUGUCUGCAGUCAGAUUCCUGCUGAAGCUCUGUGUUGCUGCAGGAGAAACUGAUGAAGAAACAAGAUUCUUGACUCUGCUCUCAUCUGUGUGCAGCUACAAAACCUUCCCUUUUGAUAAUAAUUAUUAUAAUGCUAGUGUUCAGAGUGAUUUCCUGCUGGAUCUGUUCUCUCAUGUGAAGAACUAUGAGACUCAAACAGGCAGGAGUUUUCUUCCAGGAUUACAGUCAGUUUUCCAGUUACGUGAUGUCUGGAUCAUAGAUCUCUCAGAGAGAAAGAGCUCAGUCCUCCUGGAAGUGUUGAAGCUCCAGACAGAGAAGAAAACAGUCGAGCUGAGAAGAUGUCCAGAUGAAGAGAGUGACGUGAAGAGCUUCCUUCAGUGUCUGCCACACAUCUCAGAGCUGAGCUGUUCUGAGAAGUGUUUGUUAACUUUAGUUAAAGCGGUCCAGUUAAGAGAGGAUCCAGUGCUGGUCACUUCACUGUUUGAGGUUCUUGACCUCAUAAAUCUGGAAGGACAUUUACCCAGCGAAACCUGCAGCUCUGUGGGGAGAUUCCUACGUUUCUCUUCUGACAGACUCAACCUCACUCUCAAACCUAAAGCUGUCUCUGUCAGAGGAUCAAGGCUUCUCUUCAGACACCUCACAAACACACACGCACUCAGGCUGAGUGGUUAUAUGCUGGUGAGAGUUGUGCAGGCGUUGAGGUUUAUGAAGGUUCGAGCUCCCAUCACCAUUAAUGAGCUCACACUUGAUCUGGAUAAGGAACAGCAGUCAGAGAGCAAUCUGUCCAGGAUCCUGAGCAAAUUAGCCAUCCUUCUGAGACUCUGGACUGUCCGGUGUUUGAACUUGACAGAAUACAAGACCCAGUCUGUUUCUGUGUCUGUGUUACUGUGUCACCAGGGACCAGUGACUCUCAGACUGUCCAAAGAGACUCUCCAGAAGCUUGUUAAAUGUGUCUAUGAAGCUCAGGAAGAGGAACUGACUCAAUGCUUCCUGCAGAAAGUGGAAGGCGAUCUGACUUCCUGUUCCUUGAGCUGGGAAGAGCUUCAUUAUUUCCUGCAACACAGAAUUCAACAAAUCACUCUGAACCUCAGAAAGAGUAACAUUCAGGCCAACAUCAGAGAAAUUCUGCCAUUCCUGAACCAGGUUAAGUUUAAACGGAUGAGCUCUGACUUCAUGCUGUGUGUGAUCAGAGAGGUCUAUGAGUCUGGCUCUGCUGGGUUUGUGUCCAGUCUGUUGAGUUCAGUGGAGAACUACAUUAACCUGCAGAGCAGAGAUCUGGACUCUGUUCACUGUGCGUCGCUGCGCUUCACACUGCAGCACUGCACUGCAGCUUCACUCAACCUGCUCUGGACCUCCAUACCAGAGGAAGAGCUGCAGAGCAUUCUGCCUCUCUUCACACACCUCUCCCACCUCAGUGUUGACAGGCUGCUGUUACUGAAGAUGCUUCACUGCUGCAGUGUGUCUGAUGUCCAGCAGGAAACAGCAGCUGUUCUGCUCUCUGUCCUUCAGCACAAGCUGGACUUCUCCUGCCGCUCUGCUCUGGAUCUGACAGCAAACACAGACUCAGAGCCUCUACAUCUGACCGCUGAAGACUGCCGUGUGAUGUCCAGAGUCAUUCAGAGAGCUCAUUCAGAAACAAAGACACGGCUGAUUCUGCAGGACUGUGAGAUUCAUACAGCUGGAAUGGAUCAGCUGUUCCCAGUGUUACACUCUGUUCAGCUCUGCUGUGAUAAACCUCUGCUGCUUCAGUUUCUGGCUCAUGUGAGGCCUGACGAAGCCCCGUCUCUCUCUCAAGCUCUGGGUGAAGAGCUGGAUCUCAGUCAGACUCCGCUGGAUCCGCAGGUCUGUAGAGGUCUGGAGCUGAUUCUGGAGUAUUCUGAAGGACUGACAGAACUGGAUCUGAGUCAGUGCCAUCUCACAGAUCACAGUCUGGAUCUGCUGCUCCCAAACCUCCACAAAGCUCAAAUCAUUGAUUUCAGUGGAAACAGCAUCUCUGACGCUGGGGCUGAGAAAAUCUACAGUAUCAUCUCUCACAACAGUAACAUAAAGACAGUAAGGCUCUUCAACAACAGAAUUGAAUCCAGACAGCUCUUCAGCACAGACCUGCGAUUUGAGAUCUGGUGAUGUCAGUAAACUCUCUGGAAUCAACAAACAAUAUGAUGAAAAUAUCCCAACGCUAUCUUACGACCAAUUCGUACGUAUUUUACGAGGUGGCUUAUUCGUACGAAUUUGUACGACCUCACUCGUAUGAUUUUAUACGACCCCAGUGACGGUUAGGUUUAGGGGAGGGGGUUAGGUGUAGGUCAUUCGUACAAAUUCAUAUGAAUUGCGCAACUCAUAAAAUACGUACGAUUUGACAUGAAUUUGUAUGAGUGUGGUCGUACGAAUAAGUCACCUUGUGAAAAAUGUACGAAUUGCUGUGAGAUCGGGUUGAAAUAUCCAGUGCAGAGACUUUCAGUUGAUUUGGUUUUUACUGGACUUGUAUUUUAUCACUGACAAAUCAUUGAAAAAUAGUUUUGUAAAGUUUAUCAGCAUUCAAUUUCUCUUUCGAGUUUAGUGCUAUGAUGUUAUCAGCAUAAUCUGAAUAGACUGUGGAGUGACUUAUAUCUUUUAUUUUUAAUCUUUAUUUAUCAAGUCACCUUUAUUUAUAUAGCGCUUUAAACAAAAUAUAUUGCGUCAAAGCAACUGAACAAGAUUCAUUAAGAAAAUAGUGUGUCAAUAAUGCAAAAUGAUAGUUAAAGGCAGUUCAUCAUUCAUCAAUCACAUAGGAAAACAUCUAAAAAGAGCAAUCUGCAUGUAAAAUCAUUUAGUGACUUAUAUACGAGUAAAAGUACUUUAAAAUCAAUCCUAAAUGUAACUGGAAGCCACUGUAAGGACCUGAGGACUGGUGUGAUAUAAUCAGAUUUUCUGGUUCUAGUCAGAAUCCUGGCAGCAGUGUUCUGGAUGAGCUGCAGCUGUCUAACGGUCUUUUUGGGAAGGCCGGUGAGGAGCCCAUUACAAUAGUCCACCCUGCUGGUGAUAAAGGCAUGAACAAGUUUCUCCAAGUCUUGACUGGAAACAAAACAUCUAAUUCUUGCAAUGUUUUUUAAAUGAUAGUAUGCUGGUUUAGUUACUGCUUACUGUUUACUGUAAACACAAUACAAGAGAGACUUUAUACUCAGGAAAUCACACUUACCUCGUUCCUGUGACUGAAAUGUUUGGCUCGUUAGGCAGCAGGAAAUAUCACAAUGUUACUGCAGAUGUUCCCUGGACCCUUCGUCCUUUUUGACACUGUUACUUUCCUAAUUAAUAUGUGGAUAUGGUCACAAACUGUUAAACUGUUAAUGUAGUGGAUUGCGUCUGUAUUCUGUAUAUCUGUAUUUUAUCUGUAUGAAAUAAAACAUGCAUAUUCAUCUGAUAUCCAACAUGCAUUCAUAAAACAAUGUUUUACUUUUCCUAGUUG